GGAGACCAGUUCGUGCAGUUCCUUCGGGACACGGGGCGGGAGCAGGAGAGACAGAAAGAAACGCUGCGGAGCAUCUACAACCAGGAAUUCCGCACCAGUAUCGACUCAAGGACACCCAACUUCUCCUGCACCUUGUACGCGAUGAGGGUGACACAUCGGGCACAGGUGUAUGGAGAUGUGGUGCACUUCAGGCAGGUGCGGAGGCGCGUGGUGGUGGCAGACCAGUACCGGCAACCCAGAACCAAUCCACAGGCAGCAGCAUCCACAUCUGCCCCGGGGCAGCAGCCCAGCUCCACUCCACAAACACCCCAGAGCCGUACCCAGCAGUGGGCUGAGCUCAUCCGCGGGAAGCACGGGGUAGAGAUCGUCUCGGACCAUGACAAGCCACACCAUCGGUCACCGGAGCUCUCCUUCACCGACGAGCUAGGGGCGAUGCAGGGCCAGUCCCUGGUGCUGCGUCCAGACAGCACAUACCCCAUCCAGGUGCGGUGCCUGGCCACCUGCAAUGGGUUCUUCAAUGCCCUGCUGGUCUUUGAGUUCACCAAGGAGCCAGCUGAGCCCUUCAGCAUCUCACGCAAUGUCUCUGCCGUUGCUGAGAGCCAACUGGCCAAGGACCUGGGACCCUCAGCACCUUUCCAGCCUUACCAGGCCAGCCUACAUCAACCUGUCACCGUCAUCACCGAGGACGGCGUCCCCCCUGACAGCUCCCUGGAAAACAAACUAGAGAGGGAAGAGCCUCUUGGCUCCUACCACUACCCAAAGACACUGAAGGACACAAUCCUGCUCGGCCCCAACACCAGUGGCAGCUCCAGCUAUGCUUCCAUGCGAUCACUGCUGGAGGCACCUCUGCAGAUUGAGAACUACCAAAAAAAGUUCCAGCUGCUGCUGCACCUGGAGGAGAUCCAGAUGGAGGUGGACAUCCGGCGCUACGACAUGCAGGAUGUGACCAUGGUGCAGGAGAGGGCACUGCUGGUCCUCCAUGUGCCCGGCGUGGCCGAGAACCGCCCGUCCGUGCUGAGGGGGGAUCACCUCUUUGCCCACCUGAGCAGCGAGCGGGACCGUUCUCCACGCGUCCAGUACAAGGGCUACGUGCACAGAGUGGAGCUGGAGAGGGUCAGGCUGGGCUUCUCCUCCAAGCUGCAGGAGAAGUUUGUGAAGAACAUGAAGUUUGACGUGACCUUCACCUUCAACCGGCUGCCACUGCAGGUGCAGCACAGGGCUGCAGACCUGGCCAUGCGCCACGGCUUGUCCAGCCUGCUCUUCCCCACUGCCUCCUGCCAAAAGUCCCUGGUCUCAGGCAACUUCCAGCCCAAGUGGUUCGACCGCAGGCUGCAGGCGAACGAGGAGCAGUGCAGAGCUGUGACCCAGAUCGUGUCGGGGAUGUCCCGACCAGCCCCAUACCUCAUCUUCGGCCCCCCUGGCACUGGCAAAACAGUCACUGUAGUGGAGGCCAUCAAACAGGUGUGGACGUGCUUCAAGGACGCACGGAUCUUGGCCUGUGCCCCUUCCAACAGUGCUGCUGACCUGCUGUGCCAGCGCCUUAUCACGGACAUCGCCCCUCGGUACGUCUACAGGCUUAUUGCCAGCUCCAGGAGCUACCAGGAGGUGCCUGCUGAUAUCAGGCCCUGCUGCAACUGGGACGAUGAUCAGAGCAGCUAUGUGUACCCGAGCAAAGAGCACCUGGGGCGCUACCGGAUCCUCAUCACCACACUGGUGACAGCAGGAAGGCUGGUGUCAGCCAAAUUCCCCCCUGGGUUUUUCUCCCACGUCUUCAUCGAUGAGUGUGGCCAUGCAGUAGAGCCCGAGAGUGUGGUUGCCAUCGCAGGACUCCUGACUCCCAUGGACAAGAAAACCAACCCCAAUGGUGGGCAGCUGGUGCUGGCAGGAGACCCCAAGCAACUUGGCCCCGUCCUGAGCUCACCACUGGCCAUCGAGCACGGCUUGGGUAUGUCACUGCUGGAGAGGCUGAUGCUGCACAACCCUCUGUACCAGAAGACAAGUAGAGGAUACAACCCACAGUUCGUCACUAAACUGCUCUGGAACUACAGGUCCCACAAGGCCAUCCUCAGGAUCCCCAACGAGCUCUUCUACGACAGUGAGCUGAAGACCUACGAGAGCGAUCAGCCCGAUGUCCGGAAUGUGUACUUGAACUGGGAGGAGCUUCCCAGAAGAGGCUUCCCUAUCAUCUUCCAUGGGGUUCGCGGGGAAGACCAGAGAGAGGAAAAGAGCCCCUCCUUCUUCAACACGUCUGAAAUCGAGGUGCUGGUCCAGUACCUCAAGAAGCUGCUGCAGAGCCAGGGCAGGAGGGGCUGCCCCACUGUCUCCCCCAAGGAGAUCGGUGUCAUCUCUCCCUACAGGAAGCAGGUGGAGAAGAUCCGGAGAGCCAUCACCUCCUUGGACCCCGUCCUGAAGAACCUGUCGGACAUCAGCCAGCUGAAGGUGGGCUCCGUGGAAGAGUUUCAGGGCCAGGAGCGACGUGUCAUCCUCAUCUCCACCGUGCGCAGCUGCAGCAGAUACUUCCAGAUCGAUGAAAACUUUAGGCUGGGCUUCCUCAAGAACCCCAAGAGGUUCAACGUGGCCAUCACCAGGGCCAAGGCUCUGCUGAUCGUGGUGGGUAACCCAGCUGUGCUCAGCAAGGACCCACACUGGCAGAGGUUCCUCAGGUACUGCAGGGACGAGGGUGGCUACACGGGAUACCCCUACACAGAUGAGGAUAGCCUCACCAACGACCUCAACACUCUGCAGCUGAAUGAUUAG